UUGUUUCCUGUGCAGGUGAAGGUAGAAAGUGUGUGUGACCUGCUGUGAGUUGAGCAUCAUGGAUCAGUAUGAGGACAGAGAGGAGGGAGUCCCUCCCUCUAAAAGCUCUCUGUGUGGAGAACAGGAGAACCAGAGCAAAGCUCAGAGGAAUCCACCUGGACCUGAACCUGGACCUGAACCUGCAUUAACCUGUGUGUCCUUCAAGAGCGACUGGUCUAAAGAUUCCCUCAUUAAUUUUAAAGAUCAUCAGCCUCCUGCUACAGAGAAAAUCCAUCAGAGACCAGAGUCCUCUGGACUUGGACCUCCACCCAGCUGUGUGUCCAUCAAGAGCGACCGGUCCAUGCAUCGUCCUAUCUAUUUUAAAGGAGAACAACAUCCUUUUGCAGAGGGAGUGCAGCAGCAGAACUCAGAGGUUCCCAGAACUCAGUCUGUCCAGCAGCAUCACCUGGACUCCAUAUUCAUGCUGCUGGAGGACAACAUGGUGACUUUUGUGAAGAAGGAGCUGAAGAAGAUGCAGAAGCUUGUGAGUCCAGAUUACCCAGAAUGCUCCUCAGAGAGUCAGAGGGAGGAUGAGGAGGAGUUGGAGGGUGAUGAUGAAGAUGAGAGGAGCAGCAGAGAGAUGUUUGAGCAGAUCACAGUGUUGUUCCUGAGGAGGAUGAAGCAGGAGAAGCUGGCUGACUGUCUGCAGAGCAAACUUGCUGCUGGAGUUUGUGGACGUGAACUUAAACGUGGUCUGAAGAAGAAGUUCCAGAGAGUGUUUGAGGGCAUCGCUAAAGCAGGACAGAAAACCCCCCUGAAUGAGAUCUACACAGAGCUGUACAUCACAGAGGGAGGGACUGCAGAGGUCAAUGAUGAACAUGAGGUCAGACAGAUUGAAGCAGCAUCCAGGAAAGCAGACAGAGCAGAAACAACCAUCAGAGCAGAAGAUAUCCUUAAAGGCUCACCUGGAAGAGAUGGACCAAUCAGAACAGUGAUGACAAAGGGAGUGGCUGGCAUCGGGAAAACAGUGUUAACACAGAAGUUGACUCUGGACUGGGCUGAAGACAAAAGCAACCAGGACAUCCACUUCAUGUUUCCAUUGACUUUCAGAGAGCUGAAUGUGCUGAAAGAGAGAAAGUUCAGCUUGAUGGAACUUGUUCAUCACUUCUUCAGUGAAACCAAAGCAGCAGGAAUCUGCAGCUUUGAAUACUUCCAGGUUGUGUUGAUCUUUGACGGUCUGGAUGAGUGUCGCCUUCCUCUGGACUUCCACAACAAUGAGGUCCUGACUGAUAUUAGAGAGUCCACCUCAGUGGAUGUGCUGCUGACAAACCUGAUCAGCGGGAAGCUGCUUCCCUCUGCUCGCCUCUGGAUAACCACACGACCUGCAGCAGCCAAUCAGAUCCCUCCUGACUGUGUGGACAUGGUGACGGAGGUCAGAGGGUUCACCGACCCACAGAAGGAGGACUACUUCAGGAAGAGAUUCAAAGAUGAGGAGCAGGCCAGCAGCAUCAUCUCCCACAUGAAGACAUCACGAAGCCUCCACAUCAUGUGCCACAUCCCAGUGUUCUGCUGGAUCACUGCUACAGUUCUGGAGGAGCUGCUGAGAAGCAGAGAAGGAGGAGAUCUGCCCAGAACCCUGACUGAGAUGUUCAUCCACCACCUGGUGGUUCAGGCCAAAGUCAAGAAGGUCAAGUAUGAUGGAGGAGCUGAGACAGAUCCACACUGGAGUCCAGACAGCAGGAGGAUGAUUGAGUCUCUGGGAAAACUGGCUUUUAAUCAGCUGCAGAGAGGAAACCUGAUCUUCUAUGAGUCUGACCUGACAGAGUGUGGCAUCGAUGUGGAAGCAGCCUCAGUGUACUCAGGAGUGUUCACACAGAUCUUUAGAGAGGAGACAGGACUGUACCAGGACAAGGUGUUCUGCUUCGUCCAUCUGAGCGUUCAUGAGUUUCUGGCUGCUCUUCAUGUCCAUCAGACCUUCAUCAACUCUGGAAUCAACCUGCUGGAAGAACAACAAACAACCUCCAACAAACCUGAUCCAACAGUUGUCUAUCAGAGAGCUGUGGACGAGGCCUUACAGAGUCCAAACGGACACCUGGACUUGUUCCUGCGCUUCCUCCUGGGUCUGUCACUGCCGACCAAUCAGAAUCUCCUACGAGGCCUGCUGACACAGACAGGAAGUAGUUCACAGACCAAUCAGGAAACAGUGGAGUACAUCAAGUGGAAGAUCCGUGAGGAUGUGUCUGCAGAGAGAAGCAUCAAUCUGUUCCACUGUCUGAGUGAACUCAACGAUGUUUCUCUAGUGGAGGAGAUCCAACAGUCCCUGAGAUCAGGACGUCUGUCCACAGAUAAACUGUCUCCUGCUCAGUGGUCAGCUCUGGGCUUCAUCUUACUGUCAUCAGAAGAACAUCUGGACGUGUUUGAUCUGAAGAAAUACUCAGCUUCAGAGGAGGUUCUUCUGAGGCUGCUGCCAGUGGUCAAAGCCUCAAAGAAAGUUGUACUGAGUGGCUGUAAUCUGUCAGAGAGAAGCUGUGGAGCUCUGUCCCCAGUCCUCAGCUCCCAGUCCUCCAGUGUGACAGAGCUGGACCUGACUAACAACAACCUGCAGGAUUCAGGAGUGGAGAGUCUUUCUGCUGGACUGGAGAGUCCACACUGUAAACUGAAAGCUCUCAGACUUAAUCACUGUAAUCUGUCAGAGAGAAGCUGUGGAGCUCUGUCCUCAGUCCUCAGCUCCCAGUCCUCCAGUGUGACAGAGCUGGACCUGAGUGACAACAACCUGCAGGAUUCAGGAGUGGAGAGUCUUUCUGCUGGACUGGAGAGUCCACACUGUAAACUGGAAGCUCUCAGGCUGUCAGGCUGUCUGGUCACAGAGGAAGGCUGUGCUUCUCUGGCCUCAGCUCUGAGCUUGAAGACCUCAAAUGUGAGAGAGCUGGACCUGAGCUACAACCAUCCAGGAGACUCAGGAGAGAAGAUGCUGAGAGCUAAAGUGGAGGAUCCACACUGUAGACUGGAAACUCUCAGGGUGACGCCUGCUGGAGUCCGAUGGUUGACACCAGGUCUGAGGAAGUAUUCCUGUCAACUCACAGUCGACACAAACACAGUAAACAGAAACCUCAAACUGUCUGACAACAACAGGAAGGUGACACAAGUGGACGAGGAUCAGUCGUAUCCUGAUCAUCCAGACAGGUUUGACUGGUGGGAACAGCUGCUGUGUAGAACUGGUCUGACUGGUCGCUGUUACUGGGAGGUGGAGUGGAGAGGAUGGGUUUAUAUAUCAGUGAGUUACAAAGGAAUCAAAAGGAAAGGACACAGUUUUUACAGUUGGUUUGGAUGGAAUGAUGAGUCCUGGAGUCUGUUCUGCUCUGAUGAUGGUUACUCUGUCAUUCACAAUAACAGUCAAACAUUCAUCAGGUCCUCCUCAGUCUCUCACAGAGUUUCAGUUUAUGUGGACGUUCCUGCUGGAACUCUGUCCUUCUACAGAGUCUCCUCUGACUCUCUGAUCCUCCUCCACACCUUCAACACCACAUUCACUGAAACUCUCUAUCCUGGAUUUAGGUUCUAUUCUGGUUCCUCAGUGUCUCUGUGCUGAGUCUCGUCUCCAGAGUCUCCUCCUGGUACAGAAACAGUGUUGAACAGAUGGUUGAGUCUCUCCAUGACUCUGUCCCUCACAAACAUGUUUUCACAUUCAUGGAUUAAAUGUGUUUCUUUGUCAAAUCCUUCUAAAUGAUUCCUUGUAAACUUGUUCCUCUUCAAAGAUGAAGUUGUGAUUCUUCCAGGAGCCAAAUGUGGUGUUUGCGUCUUUUUCCAGUCAAAUGUUGAGAGUGAAAAUCAGGAUGUGGUGUUCCUCUGACGCUCACUGGAACUAAAAGCAUUUGAGCUGCACAAAGUGUGAAAUGAGAGAGGAAGCAGUGAAUCUCCAAACUGCUGACAGACUUUCACACAUUAUUGUCCAGUGAAAAUCAGGUUUUUGUGCAGCCACACUUGAUCCUGAUGUGAGUCUUUAAGUCCUGUUCUAGUGAUGAAAUGAGAACUCCCUUCAUCUUGUGUGUGAUGGAGAAGAAUAAAGGGCUGUGGCUAAAAAUCCUGA